GCCGCCGCCCUCCUCCUGCAGCUCACCGUCUGGCAGCGCGCCCUCGUCGGCCUCGACCGCUUCCUCGGCCGCGCCCUCGUCCCCCUCGGGCCCCUCCUCCGCGCCGCCCGCUCCCACCCCGAGCAAUGGCACAGACUCCACUCCAAACCUGGGAAGAAGGAGAAGGAGCGCGGGGAGAUCCAGGUCAGCAUCGAGUUCUCCCGCCACAGUCUGACGGCCAGCAUGUUUGACCUGUCUGUCAAGGACAAGCCCCGGUCGCCCUUCGGCAAGCUGAGAGACAAGAUGAAAGGCCGGCGGCAGUAUGAUCUGGAAUCGGCCUCCGCCAUCGUGCCCAGCAGCAGUGGGGCCCUCGAGGAAGAGCUGGGCUUGGGGGGCAGGAAGGCCAAAGGGGGCGGGGGCUUCUUCUUCAAGAACAAGCUGCGCAAGUCCUCUCUGACUCAGUCCAGCCUCUCCCUCGGCUCCGACAGCACCGUCUCCUCGGCCAGCAGCAUGGUGGGCCUGGCUGCCCCAGAGCCAGCAGCAGCCCCCUCGCCCAGCCGGCAUGCCAGCCUCCCCACUGACCGCUCCUCCGUGAGAGACUUCCUGCUCCCCAAGCUGACCCACAAGAGGGCAUUCAGCGAUGAGGUUUCCCAGAUCAACCCCUUGCCGGCGUCCCGUUCGGUCCAGAGCUUGAAGCUGCAAAGCGAGCCCAUCUCCCGCUCCUCCCUCUGCAUCAACGGGAGCCACAUUUACUGUGAGGAGCCCUCCCCCAGACCUGCCGCCUGCCCCUCCUCUGCAGCCACCACCCCUCUGAGCAGGCCCAAGAAGCCACCGACGGCGGCGGCAGCAGAGAGCUUCAGCACUGGACCUCCUGCCCCCGAAGCGGAGCUCCCCCCCUGGCCCAGCAGCAGCAGCAGCUUCCAGAGGCCCCCCCAGAAAGACCCCCCCGCCUUCAUUCCCUCCCCGCCCAUCCUGGCUGCUCAGGAAGAAGACAAGCUCUCUGUCAAGACGCUGGCCCUCUACAAGCACCGCAGCAGAGCCAAGAUGGAGGAGGGGGCGCACGCGGAGGGCAAGCCUGUCCAGAUCGCCAUGCCCAUGGUCUUCUCGGCCGAUGCGGGGAGGGGGAGGCCCCCGGAGGAAGCCCAGAAGGAAGAGAAGAGAGCCAAGGCUGGCUUCUUCCGCCGGGGCGGCACCAAAGAGGAUGCUGGGAAGAGUCGUGCGGCUGGGAGCGUGGGAGGGCCGGAGGGGGAAAAGAGCGGCAGCUGGUUCAGCAUGAGGGAUUCCCAGGACCCUGCCAGAGGCCCAGGUGAUUCCCAGCCUGGGCUGCUGGCUGCGCCUGAGGCCUGUGAGGAUCGUGGCCCCUCUGCCUUCCUAAGAGCUGGAACCCCGCAGCCCGAGUCUGCCCCCCAAAGCCUGGGUGCCUUUGAGCCAGCGGCUGCUGCUAGCCCCCCUCUGGAAUGGGGCGACCCCUUCGACGCCUUGGCAACCAGCAGGCUCAGGCCAGGAGCUCAGAGAGAGCCGCCGUUGCCGUCGCCACCGUGGGACACUGCCUCAGAAGGCCUCCCUGACCGUGACCGUCCUGAGGAGGAUGUGAGCCUGCCCCACGUCUCCCCCCUGCGAUGGCCGAGCAGCCUGGGCGUGGCGCCUGAAGAGACGUUGGUGGGCGAUGAGGGUUUGGGGGAGCAGCCGUGGGGCCGGCCUGCCCUCUCUCCCUCAGCGGCCUGUGAGGAGGAAGCGCUUUCUGGAGGGGGCCCGAACUGGGCAGAGCCGCCCCCGGCAGCAGCAGCCGCAGAUCCCUGGGGAGAGGCCUGGGAAGCCUUGGCGGCAGGAGCGCCUGCAAUAUCCGCUGGCUCUGAGCUGCCCCUCGGUCAGGCCUUGGAGAGCAACGCCGGCAGCCGGCCUGGCUCUCCGGAGAAGAGUCCUCUGAGCUCCCCCGCAGGAAGCAGACUGGAGAGGCCCCUUGGUGUGAGCCUGACUGCUGAGGCCUCGGCCGGCCUGUGUGUCUGGGACCCUGCCAGGCAAGAACAAGUUGCCCUCCGGAUGCCCCCAGAUGCCCCCGGGCCACAGCCCCCAUCUGGUGAGGGCCAGCUGCCUGCGGAGGAGGCCAACCAGUGGGGAGGGGAGGAGGCAGCCUCAGCCCCGCCCAAGCCCCCCCGGAGGUUCACCCCCCUCGGCCUGCAGGUGGAGGAGGAAGCAGAAGAGCCGAGGUGUGAAAGCCAGGCGAGCCCAGUGGGGGGAGGGGGCGGGCAGGGCCCCCCCGGGGGUGAUGGCAGCGCAGGUGGCGAGAGCGUGCCUCCUGCUGCAGACGAUGGCCCUGUCCGAGCUGAUGAGCACGCCGGGCAGCCCGAGACUCUCUCGGCCCUCUCUUCUGGGCCGCUGCCCGUGGCUGAGGAGGGGGGCCUUGGGCCUUCCAGAGCCCCGCAGGGCCCUGAGCCCAGCCCCUCAGUGCUCUUCUGGACUGCCCUGGAGGAGCAGCUGCUGCAGUCCCCCGAGCGGGCCAGAGGCCUCGGCCAGGGCACCUCCGCUCUGGAGCCCAGCCUGGAGCAGGGAGGGGAGGCGGAUGCCACUGGGGGCCUGAGCAGCUGGGCUCUAUCUGCUGUGGCUGCCUGCCCCCAGGUUUUAGGGAGCGACACGCCAAGACAAGGCGAUGGCGAUUCUGAGCUCUCCUCCAGCUGGUCGGAUGACAGAGUGGUGGACUUCAAGAAGGCCGCCUUCUGGCAGGCGGAGAAGGGAGAAGAGAGCAGCAGCCCCAGCAACCCCUUCGUGGCCCGAGGCGGCCCUCAGAACAACCCCUUUGUGGAGAGGCCUCCUGGCCCACUUCCUGCCCUCCCCGGCUUCAGAGACCUCCACGCAGAGGCUGCCCCGCCAGGAUUGCUUCCUCCUCCCUCUCAGGAGCAGCCUGCAGCUCCCGUCCUGCAUGGCCACCAGCCCCUGGCCUCCUCCACGCCUUCCCUGGAGGAGGCCGCGAGUCCCAGGGAGUUCGACUUCCCUUCCCCCAUUGUGCCUCCUGCCCCCGGCGAGGGCUCUGCAGACAGCGGCCUCCCCCUCCCUCCCCCACCACCCAGCAUGGAUGCUGCCGCAGCGUCUUCGGUCCCACCUGUGGAGCCUCGGCCGCCUGGCGAAGCACCUGUCCAGCAGACCACCAGCCCGCACCUGGUGAGGCCCCUGGAGAAGCAGCGCCGAUCCAGCCUGCCCCUCGCCCAGGAGAAGCUGAAGCCAAAGCCCACGAGCAGCGACUCCUCGGGCCCUCCGAUUCUGCCACUAGAAAAGACAGACCUGAAAAGGGACCCUGCCCAGCCGGGCUGCUGGGCCAAGUACUUCCACCUGACGCACGAGGAGCUGAUCCAGCUGCUGCUGAAGCGGGAGGCGGAGCUGAGCAAGAAGCAGGAGCACAUCCGCGAGCUGGAGAACUACAUCGACCGGCUGCUGGUGCGCAUCAUGGAGCAGUCGCCCACCUUGCUGCAGAUCCCCCUGGGCGGGGGGGCCAAGGCAGCCAAGUGACCCACCCCCCUGGCCUCUCACUCCCCCACGGCCCAGGGGGGCUCCGUGCUUCCGAACCCUCAGGCCGCAGACGCUUUCCUAGAGCCACGUGUGGCACCAGGCCUUCCGUCCACGUCGGACUCUCUGACAGAUGAGUCGAUUUCUUCAAGAUGCCAAAGCUCCGCAGGGGAACGUGUCCUUGAUUUGGUGCUGAGCCCCAAAUCUGUUUCUGAGGGGCGCUGGGCUGCUCUCGGCAAGCCUUCCGGCCAGUCACUGUGCCACCGUGUCCUCCUCAUGCCCAGCGGGGGAUUCCCAGGCUGGGUCUGUGGCCAUUUGAUCCCUGUCACCCCGCUUGUCUGCUGCUCCGGCAGAAUCACUCUGAGGGUCGGAGGGGCCCUUUGCAAGCAGGGUGGGAGGCAGCUUCUGCGGCUGGCAGGGCUGCCGGUGGCAGAUGGAGGCGGGCAGCCAACCAGCCAGCUUCUCCUUGGCCCCUUCCCAGUGCUCCCCUUUGGGGCCUUGCUGCAGGGGCCCAGGGUGGAUUGCUGUGGGGUAGGCCUGCACUGCUGCCACGGGGGAGGGAAUGAAGGCACACUGCACCUUGAACCCCUCGUUGUCCUCCAGACUGUCCACUUUGUCCCAUGAUGCUCUGAGGCUGAAUCAAGGCAGGAAGUGGCCCGGGAGGAGACAGCCGUGGGUCCGCACCCCGUCUGGGAGCUCUCGUCCCCCCAGCCCCCGCAGUGAUUAAUGCUCAAGAAAAGAGCAGUGCCUUUGUGUUCUUCAAAGGAAGAGCGGUGGGUUCUUCCCCCUUGGUCCCUCCGUGGCCUUGCAGAAUUCCACUUGGGGGUCUGGCUGACUUGCCUGCCUUUCCCGUCCAGCUCCAGUCUGGAGUUUGUGCUGCUGCCAGCUCGCCCUUUGCCCCCCCCCCCCCCUUCUCACUGGCUGAUCUGGUGGGGAGAGGAGGGGAAGAGCAGCUGGCUGGGACUUGGGGGGCAGCCUGUCUGCAGUGGGGCCAGACACCUUACAGGGGCUGGGAUUCUGUUCUCUCUGUGGGGCUGUCCUGGGGCCUGGUCCUCUGGUGGGACUCUGUUUUCCAGCCCUCGACCACUGGCCACAACUUUCUGCAGUCGGGAACACCGUCCUUGCUGAAGAGAGAUCUGGGGUUGGGCUCCUUUGUUUCCUUCUCCUCCUCCUCGUUCCAGCUCCCCUUUCUCGGGGUCUUCUGGACCUUUGAGGAAGGUGUCGCUUGUACUGAAAGUGAGUGGCUCCCUCACUGGAAAUCUGGAUUCAGCAUCCUCCCACAAUUUACCUUACUCAGAGAGUAGCUGGGGAGCUUUAACAAGAAAGGGGGUGCGUUGGAAGGGGAAUGUGUGUGUGUGUGAUGGCCCUGGGCUUGGCAGCUCUGUGGUGCAGGAGGUGGGCUGUUGUGUUGCCCGCAGUGGCUGGGCUGCACACCACUCUGCCUGCCUGCCCGCCCAAGUGAGUGGAGCCUGACCCCCUCCCAAGCAACGGUGUAGCAUUCCCUGGGGAGAAUCCACUUCCUGUGUCCUCUGUCUGCUUCCUUCUGGUGCCCUGCCAGGGCCCACUUCAGUCUGCUCACUGUGGGGGAUUCCUCCGGCCCAGCCCAGCCCAGAAGAAACUCCUGCCUUGCUGGCUGCUGAGGGCAAAGACCAGCGGGGCGGGGCAGGGCAGGGUGUGGCGGUCUCAGUCACCUUCUGUCUGAUGGGAAGAUAAAAAUAGUAUUUGUCAUCUUUCCUUGGGAGCAAGUUUGGGCAAUGUGUGCUUGUCAUGCUGGAGUUCCCGGUGGGACUUCCUUCUGCCGCAUUCCCAAAGGGAAGAGGAUCUUGCCUGUAUUAAAAGUUUUUUUUGGGGGGGGGGGCGUUACAAAGAAAAAUAGCUUGUUUAAUGUUUCAAGCACUUUAAAGAGGAAAUAAAAAUGGUUGAAUUUUGUUGCUUAGAAA